CUUCCAGGUCCCUGUGCAGCCCAAAACAGGAGUGAGAGAUCAGAGCGAGAGAGCGAAGGAUGCAGGCUCUGAGCACCGCUGAGUUGUUCUGCAGAGGCUUAGACGAGCCGCCGGUACUGUUCGAAGAAAGUUUAGGAGCGAGGAAGGUGGUCCUGAACCGGCCUUCCAGGUUGAACUCCAUCACUUUCGAAAUGGCUUCUCAGAUGAUUAGGAAGUUGCGAAUCUACGAGGACGAUCAUACCGCCAACCUUGUUAUUUUGAAGGGAAAUGGCCAAGCAUUUUGUUCGGGUGGUGAUCUUAUUUCAAAUAUGUGCUUCAUGUUAACAGGACAUUGGAGCUUCGGAGCAAUCGCUUACAAGAAACUGCUCACCUUGACUUACUUGAUAGCUUCCUAUAAAAAGCCUUUGGUAUGCCUUAUCGAUGGAAUUGUAAUGGGCAGUGGAGCCGGAAUCUCAAUGUAUGGGAGCUUUCGAGUCGUGACAGAUAAUACGGUAUUCGCAAUGCCUGAAGCAUCAAUCGGACUUUUUCCGGAUGUGGGUGCAUCUCAUUUCCUAUCCAAGCUUCCCGGUUAUUUUGGUGAAUAUGUAGGGCUAACGGGAGCACGUCUGAACGGAGCAACGAUGCUUGCGUGUGGCCUCGCAACUCAUUUUGUCUUUUCCAAGGAUCUUCCUUCUUUAGAACAUGCUCUUUCUUCGGUGGAUUCAUCAAAUGCAUCAGAAAUUUUAUCUGUCAUCGACAAAUUUGCUCAGAAAACCAAUACGAAAGAGGAAGAUUUCCACAAAAGAUUGAAGAGCAUAAACAAAUGCUUCUCAAGACAGACUGUGGAGGGCAUACUGCAUUCUCUUGAAAAGGAGUUGGUAGAUAACUUGACAGAGAAAUGGAUCGCCGAUGCAGUGAACAACAUGAAGUCUGCUAGUCCGACCAGCCUAAAGAUUUUUCUGAGAUCGAUAAGAGAAGGGCGUGGUCAGACGAUUGAACAAUGUCUCGCUCGUGAGUACACCAUCCACAGCAACAUUAUCCGGAGGAAGAUCACCAAUGACUUCUAUGAGGGUUCAAGGGCAAUGUUAUUCGAUAAAGACAAAAAGCCUAAGUGGGACCCGCCAAAGUUAGAGUUAGUCCGAGCAGACAUGGUGGAUAUGGUAUUCAAACCAUUAGAGGAUGAUGAUGAUUGGAAUUGUCUGCAGCUCCCCGCACGGUCAUUCGACUUGCUUGACCAUACGAGAUCGAAGCUUUGAAAGAACAUAUCUGUAGUUUUUCGUUAUGAAGGCAGAGGGACCGUCAUCUAUGUAUCUAUCAAUUUAUAUAUUUAUGCAUGGGACCUAUCUAUUUUUGUUAGCGAUAUCAAAGGCAUAAGAUCUCGACAUAUGUCUUUUUUGAUAU